AUGAUUCGUAGUAUACAUUGUCGAAAAGGACGGAACGAGUAUCAACUCUAUCUUCAACCAGAUUUGUAUACCGAAAAGUACACUCAGUGGUUUUACUUCCGAGUCAGCAAUAUGCGCCCUGGGACAAAAUACAGAUUCACGAUUGUCAAUAUGUAUAAAACUACCAGUCUCUUCUGCAGCGGAAUGCGACCGCUGAUGUACAGCGAAAAAUCAUUGAAGCUAUAUAAUCGUGGGUGGCAUCGAAUCGGUGAGGAUAUCCGAUAUUAUCGCACCCUGAGGUCUGAAGGUCGAAAAAUACCUACGGAUAAUGCUGGGGAUCCGGCUUCCAGGAAGCAGAAGGACGGGAGACCGGCUCUCGCAGCUGAUCGAGUGCAAUAUUCACUCACAUGGACCUUUCAGUUCCCGUUCACCGACGAUCUUGUUUAUUUUGCUGCUUGCUAUCCAUACACGUAUACCCAGUUAAAAGAAUACCUUCACUCAAUUGAUUCGGACCCGUCCAAAAGGCGUUAUUGUCACCAACGCGUCUUGUGUCAAACGCUGGCCGGUAAUGAUGUACCAUUCCUAACAAUUUCUGAACCAGGUAUGCUGUAUGGGAGUAGUUCACAGCGCACAACAGAUAUGGACAAAAAGGAACCAGACACAAGCAAGAAACGAUGUGUGGUGAUCACAGCCCGCGUGCAUCCAGGAGAGACACAAGGCAGUUGGAUGGUACAGGGUUUGAUUGACUUCCUUGUUAGUGAGAACCCGGAUGCUGAGCUCCUACGUUCCAACUUUGUCUUCAAGAUAAUUCCAAUGUUAAAUCCUGAUGGAGUGAUUGUCGGGAACUACCGUUGUUCUCUGUCUGGAUGUGACCUGAACCGCAAGUAUCACUCCGAUUUGAAGCGGUUUUUUCCAACAGUAUGGCACGCCAAAGAAAUGGUGAUGAACACAAUGCAAGACUAUGCCGUUUUGGUCUACUGCGAUUUUCACGGACACAGUCGAAAGCAACAAAUGUUUAUUUAUGGGUGUCGGAGUUUGAAUCCGGAAACGCGCUUUCAUGACCGGGUUUUUCCGGCAAUGCUGAGCAAAAAUGCACCAAAUCUGUUUGAUUACAGUAAGUGUAGAUUUACUGUACAAAAAGAGAAAGAGGGCACUGGAAGAGUUGUGAUGUGGAGGACAGGGAUUUUAAACAGCUAUACGCUAGAGGCAACGUUUUGUGGCAAAACUGGAGAAGUGAAAGAGGACAACUAUCACUUUAACACGCGGGACUUCGAGGAGAUGGGCCGUCAGUUUUGUGAUACAUUGUUGGACUAUUGUGAUCCAGAUCAAAAGAAGUGCAACUAUAUACUGACAGAGUUGAAAAGCGAUGCACUGGCAAAAAGACUGGCUCGUUAUUCCGGUGAACUCGGAGAGGUCAAUGAGUCAGAUUUGGGAUGCUCCACUGAUGAUAGUAGCGAUACAGGAUCCGACAGUUCCAACUGUGAUGAUGUGCCCGCCUAUUAUGCCUAUGUUCUGCAAAAUUCACCGAAGAGACCAGCCCGCCGAAAACCACGCAAGAAACGGAAAGAAGCCCCCCAGAACGCAAAACGGAUAACUCAUUGUCCAGUGUGUCAGAAGAACGCGCCCGGAAUCUCACAGAUUUUUAGCUCAAACUCAGAGCUCUGCAGAAAAGAAAUGCGUACGCAAAGGCCGAGAAUGCAGCGACCAGUGAGGGAAAAGUCAUUCGUCCACAUUCAGCAUCACGCUUUUGGCUACUUGUCGGAUAGCGCGUUGGCUUCAUCCACACGCACAGAGGAUUUGAGAUUUAUGGAACAAACCGGCAAGGUUCAUAAAACUCUGUACCUUGAAGUGCCGUCACCCUAUAUAAAUCAUGAAUUCCGUGACAGGACUGCAUCAAACGUGGUCAGUAGUGAUGAACAAACAAGCGCUUCGAAUAUCAAAAUGAAGUUCCCCAAGUUGGCACUGAGCAGAGGUUCCCUCAGAUCUAUUACUGUCAGUCAGUCUCGCGAUCUCAACCUCCCUCGGAUUGACUUGCUUAAACAAGCCUUCAGUAGGGCUGGACGACGGUCUUCGUCAGCACCGAAUGAACCUUUUCACAAUGACCAGCGCAUUGGGCUAUCACCUAAUGGGGCAGUGAACGAUCGGCAACGACAGGGUGUUUGCACCGACAUUUCAAGAAGCAACCCCGCAGAGGCUGCUGGCAAACGCUCUGGCGAUCAAAUAGAAUCACCGGACUCAUUUCUUACCACAAUGACUCAUCCUUCAACAGACGAUAGCGAAACUUCCAGCAAAAAUAUUGGAACCAAACAAUUCACACACGGCGUCAAGGGUUGCCUGGGUUCUCGAACACGGAUUUCGCUAACAGAUCCAAAGCUGUCUGCCAGAUACAGUAAUCCUUCGGCCUCCAUCGGAGCACCAGAUCAGUAUCACGAAAGCAUUAGGAACUCGGCAAUAAAAAACAUAAAAGUUGGCAAACUCGCACCUCUUUGGUCCAACUCACACUCCACACAAGAGCGUCACAAGCCGAAGCUGCAGUUGAUUGGCCGUUCCAUCACAGUCAGCCCCAUGCAGACCACUCCUGGUCCAUACAAGAUGCAUCGUAGUAGCAGGCACUGUCCGAACCGAAAUCGCGGUGAAUUUCCUCCCGUGCGAGCGACCGAUGGUUACUACUGGUCAAGAGCAGAUUUAUAAACAACACAAGGAACGCGUAUUAACCUUACCUCAACAUAAAAGACGCAACUUUCAUCACUGAUUUCCUAAGGGACGCCGUCGAACUACUGCCUACAAUCCUGUAAAGUAUUCAAUGUGAUUAGAAUUUCCAAUAGUCGAGCAUUUUAGUUUUGUAUGUCGAUUCGUCUUUUAAUUUGCAAGUCAG